UCUCGACCAAUUGAGCAUCUACCCAAACACGAAUGCGUAAUUAAAACGCCGUGAAAUAGCGUCUUGUACACUUCGCUCUUGGCACAAACCAGGCUAGCUAGACCAAUUCUCUCUGCAUCAAAUUGAAGGAAGAAAUGGCUGACCCAGAAUUGGAAGCGAUUAGGCAAAGAAGAAUGCAGGAGCUAAUGGCUCAACGUGGCAUGGGAAGUCAGCAAAACUCUGAACAGCAGAAAGCCCAGGAGGAAGCUAAGAGGGAGGCGGAGGAGCAGAGACAAAUGAUGCUUAGUCAGAUUCUCACAUCUGAAGCACGAGCAAGAGUUGCUCGAAUUGCACUGGUAAAACCUGAGAAGGCCAGAGGGGUUGAGGAUGUUAUUCUGAGAGGUGCACGAGUGGGUCAGAUAACUGAGAAGGUUUCUGAGGAGAGGCUCAUAUCAUUGCUUGAACAAAUCAACACCCAAACUACUAAAGAAACCAAAGUAACAAUUCAGAGGCGUCGGAGUGUUCUUGAUGAUGAUUAGCCUAUUUCAACUUUCUGCCUCGUACUUGUGGAGUGCUUCAAAAUUGUGGAGAGAGGUAGCUCUAAUUGAACGUGGAAUUUUUAUUUUCUACUACUUAAAUGCCCCCUCCUCUUUUAAUAUAAACAACAUUUUAAAGACACCAAUUACCCAGUCUGCUUUUCAUAAAAGUUGAAAUGAGAAAAAUGGAUCAAGUAACAGUAUUUUAAUAAUUAUUUGAUAACUUCUCCCGUCCA